AACACGGUGAGUGUAGGGGAGCCAAGGUCAAGAAGGUCUUAAAAACUUGGGGAGCCCCCAGGAUGGUUGUGCAGGAUGGACACACCCAGGGGAGCACUAGGUUUUCUGAUGCUUCCCCAGGCAGCGAUGGAGCAUGCCGGGGACCCCAGAGGGUGGUAGCGCUGAGGCAGAAGAGGGAAGGUACGAAUGGCAUUUCAGAGAAAUCAACACCAGAAGCUGGUGGCAGAUUGCAGAAAGCAAGGGGAGGAGAAGGAGAGCGGAAGGAGACAGCGGCAUGUGGAGUUGGGUCCUGAUGUGUUUAGUUCAAAGAGCCUUGCCCUGCAAGCUCAGAAGAAGGUCCUGAGCAAAAUAGCCAGCAAAACCAUGGCCAACAUGCUGAUCGAUGACACCAGCAGCGAGAUCUUCGAUGAGCUCUACAAAGUCACCAAAGAGUACACCCACAACAAGAAGGAGGCCCACAAGAUCAUGAAGGACUUGAUCAAGGUGGCCAUAAAAAUCGGAAUCCUCUACCGGAACAACCAGUUCAAUCAGGAAGAGGUGACCCUGGUGGAGAAGUUCCGGAAGAAGCUGAACCAGACCGCCAUGACGGUGGUGAGCUUCUAUGAGGUGGAGUACACCUUCGACAGGAACGUGCUCGCCACGCUGCUGCACGAGUGCCAGGACCUGGUGCACGGACUGGUGCGGCGACACCUCACGCCUCGGACCCACGGACGCAUCGACCACGUCUUCAGCCACUUCGCCAACCUGGAGUUCCUCUCCACCCUCUAUCGUCUGGACGGAGACUGCAGGCCCAGCCUCAAGAGGAUUUGUGAAGGCAUCAACAAAUUGCUAGAUGAGAAGAUCCUCUGAGUCGUCGUCCCCCUGAACUCUGCUUCUUUAAAGUCCCGUCCUCCAGCCUGGUCCAAGUGAGAAUCAAAACAACAGCAGAACCCUGUCGUCGAUGUCCGUGUCUGUCCCACACAUCCUGUGAUGCUGACGCCUAACUGAGCUCAGGUGCGUCCACCCCGCUCCCACUGUGGAGUUCUGGGCUUCCAAUCACCAUGCUCGAAAGCCUGUUCAAAGCAGAAGCUGUUUGCUCCUCGAGGUGAGCUCGGGGCAUCUCAGAGUGGAAAGAGGCCUGGAGGGAGUCCGAGGAGAGUGACCCAGUUACAGCUGCGCCUGUCCCGCCUCUGCCCCUGUGUCCUGGCCCCCUCCCCACAGCGGCCGCCUGCCUCACAGGGCCCUGUGAGGAUGGAAGGAGGUGAUUGUCCACUCCUUCGAAAGCUGGCAUGGAAGGUCUUGAUGUUUUCUAUCUGCUAGAGGGAUCAACCUAGAUCUCCACUAUGAACAGCAUGGAAGAAAAGAACCACAGAAUCGGACGGGUGGCUUCAAAAUAAGAUGGAAUCAAGGGUGUGAAAUACACUUGCAAAUUGAAACAUGCUGUUCAAGAGUUGGGUUUGGGUCUCAGAGUGCGGGUGUACGACGCCGGGGUGGGACACUUUCCACAGGGGUGGGGACAGUUUCCUGGCUGGCCCUCACCCCAAGCACGGAGAACCGUGCACCCCUCCGGGGCCACCGACCCAGCAGCUCGGGACAGGCAGGCAGCUGAGUCCCCAUUCAUCCUUCUUGGCCUUUCACAGUCGUUUUGUGGUGUCUUCUCUGGUUCGUUAAUAAAACAAAACCACCCUUCAAACAAGAGGUCUUAGAGUCAUAAUUCUUAAAAAUUCCUUGGACUUAGAUUCAGUGCUGGGAAUACAGUACUGACCGGAAGAAGAAAGUAGAGAGCAAGGGUCCACACCCAGACCCAGGCAGGCGCCGGAGAGCGUGGCGCAGGGCAGAUUUCCAGCUGUCGUGGCCCGAACCCCGGGAGGGCAGCGGGCUCCGCCCUGACAGCGCAGCCCAGUGCCUGAGUCCGGCUUCUGGUCUCUGAGGACCACGCGGGGGCGCCAUGCGGCCCGCGCGCAACCCCGGGGCCAGGGCGUCCGCCUUGAGCGGCCUUCCGCCUGGGACCCACAUCCCCAGCACGCCGACGCUUUGUGCAGGGCAGGCCUUCAGCCCAGGGCGCAGGUGCGCCCGGAGGAAGGAGAAAGCGGAUCGAUCGCGGGACUUAGCACUGCCCCUUUCUCCAUCGAGGCAGGCGAGGCCGAGUCCCCUCAGGCUAGGGCCUGGACGAAGUCGGCGCCCCCUGCCCGGGCGAUCCUGGCUGUUGGGCAGCGCCAGGGGAGCUGUGGGCAGCGGGCUCCCUCCUCCCCUCGCCCGCCAGCCGAUGGUCACAGGCAGAGUCCUAGAGUGGGCUCGUUUCUCCUUCAGGAAAUGAGGAAGAACUGUGCAGAGAGCCCAGGCACGAGAGGACAGGAGGAGCUGUACUCUGCCCACGGAGACGAGUGGGCAGGAGGCAGAGCUCCGAGGGAAGGUGCAGGCCUCUGCUCUGUGCAGGCCUGCACGCCGCAGACUCAGAGUGAGGCCGAGGUGGGUUUUGAAGCCCGCGCCUCUGAGGAUGCUGCCCAGGGAAAGACCAGCAUUCCCACCAGCAGCUCUCAGCAAGCCCUGCGGUGUGGACUGCCUCGGCCUCCCCAACUGAGGGAGCCAGUGGGCUAACCCCAAAGCUUGUCAUCAACUGCCAGAGUGGGCUGGGCUGCCCAGGCACAAGUAACCCCCACUCCUCUAAAAGCACAGGGCCAAAACGGAUCCAGUGUGCACAUUUCAAACACAUUACUGGCGCCUAAAGCCAAGUGACUCCCGACUGUAGUCUGGCAUCUGAAAGGCCUACAGAUUUCAAUAUUUACAUACCAAUCUUGGCACCAAAGAGGGACUCACAGUAGUCACACUAGUUUGUCUCCAGGACUCCAGCCGAAGAGGCCAACGGGCACUUCCAGAACCCUGGUCUUCCCUCUGUACAUGCACAGAGUCUGUGCUCAGGACUCUGCAAAAUUUUCCAAUAUUGAGAACCCCAAAGCACAGUUAGAAUAUCUGCAUUGAGGUGUUGCCCAUGGCAAAGGCUAACAUUUUUGCAAGAAUGAUGGCAAAGGAAACCAAUUUCAGAAGAAGCAACAAUGCAAGAUCGCUUCAUGGAGUCCCACGUAGGGUCAGAGCAGUGCAUGGCUCAGCCAGUCACUUGUUGUUUCAGAGUGGGCGUGGCAGGAGCAGCACCUCAGGAAAUGUCAUUGCAUCUUCAGCUGUCCAUGUGUCCCUGUCACUCACCCUCCAUGUUUGCAUGAGUCCUGAUCCCUUAGAGACUCCAGGUCUCUUCUCAGUGACAGAUCAAAAUGAGAAGAUUUCUCCAAACCCCCUUCUCCCUCAUCUGUAUAUUUUUCAGGAACAAAUCAGUAUGUUCAUCAGCUGCUCCGAUGCGCAUGAGUGCAUUUAGAUUUAAAAAGAAA